AUGGUGCAUGCCAAGGACAUCCCACCAGACACCGAGAACCAACAGGACGACGGCAACGUCGAAGGCAUGCAGAGCGAGCAUCGCAAAACAUCUACAACCAACGUGCACAGCCAACAGUCUGCAAGACGAAGAAUUGCCCAGUUGGAGGAGAAGCUAGAGGCUCUUGAGUCGGGGCGUGUGGUCAAAGAAAAGUAUGACCGCUGUGAUCGCACGUACUACUCUAUCAUUCACUUUUCUGACUCUCAGGGAAGGGCGAUUAGGCGCAUUGUUGCUCUAUUCGAUAACGUUGAGGACCUCAUUGCUGAAAAUGAUCGAAGAUAUGAAGGUGGCGACGAAGACCAUACUAUUGACCAAGAUCGGCUACAAAUAGGGAAUGGGUCGGAGAUGGAGCACGAUGAAUACACGCAGAUGUUGAAAAUGCUUCGGCAGGGGGCUGACAGUGCUCGAGGUGACGAUACCUCGAAGCUCAAGGCUCUUGUUUCUGAAUGGGUCAAUCGGGAAUUCAAGCCAGAUUCACCGGUCGACUCCAACGACAAACAUACCCGUGGAUUCUCCAACGAUGCAUGUGGCAGGCUGCUUUGCCCUGCCGAACUAGAUUGGAACAACCCAGUGGUCCGGGCAGGCAUUCGAGAUUGCUCAGAGGGCUAUAUCGUGACGGAUCUCUCCUUUCCGGCCUACCUGUACGAUGGGUAUACUGCCAAUCUGGAUGAUCUGGAGGAGGGUUUGUUCAAAGGCAAAAUACUCAUUCAGGGAUAUAAAGCCGUGUUCAUGUCACCUUCCUCAGCAAAGGACGUCGAAGGUGAUGGGGAUGGAGCAGAUAUCAUCCAGAACAACAGACGCGCCAGGAAGUCUUUCAAUGGAGCUAAGGUCAAAAAACACGUAGCGCAGAUCAUCAAUAUGAAAAAGGUCACUCCUCACUCAAUCGCAUACAUCGCAUGCCUAGUAGGUCAUAGUAUUUGGCAAGGUUUGAUUCUCACUUUCUUCGGUUACAUCAUGGCGCGCAGGGUCAACAAGCUUCUCGAGUGGUGGAGUAGGAAGGUUUUUGGAUGGAGCCACCAUAACAACAUCAGCGACGUGGCAAAGGCCAGAAUGUCCGUCAAUGCCCUCACAAUGCAGAGGGCACAACACGAUGAUGCAGCUUUUGACUCGGCCUAG